CAAGAUAAUACUUAUCCCGUGCGAAUAGGGCUCUAGGAACAAGACAGCCAGACUGUAAGAGACGUUUGUGGCUGUAAUGCACAAAUGUUUGGUCAUUUUGCGCCACCUUGUGUUAGUGUUGCGUCACUUUGUGAUUGUUUAGAGUAACUUUGUGGUGGUUUUAUGUCUCUUCUUGUUCAUUUGAUUGACCUGUGGCGUAACAAACUCAUCACUCAUCACUCAUCUUCAUCUCUGACUGGGGGAUGCCGAGGCGUUCCCAGGCCAGUGGAUUACUAUAUAUGUUAUAUUGCUGCACUGUAUAACUAAAUAUAAUGUUACUCUAUAUUAUAAGCCUAUUUUAUGUUAUUCUAUAUUAUGUAUGUAUGCUAUGCUACAUUGACUUGCAUUAUAUUCUAUUCUAUUAAUUCAGACAAAACACUAAGUACCAGUACCACUAGCCUACUUAAUCAAUUAGCCCGGUGCACAUUGUUUAGCUGUUGACUCUGCUGGGGGCCUUAUCAGAUUCCAGGGGGGGGGGGUCCUGUGUGCCAAUAAUUCAAUAAAAUAACACGCACAUUAUUCUGAAAUGGACCAUUCUGCAUAAUGAGUACUUUGAAUUUUUGUAUUUUAAGUAUAUUAAGAUCUGAGUGCUUCUUCUACCACUGGUAUGCACUGCGUUCCUAAUGGAACAUGAACGCAACACCGUGUAUGUGUGUGUGGGGUGCACCAGUUAAAUCCCUCCCCGGAUUUGACAACACGCACCUUGACUGCUUGUAAACAGAAGCUCACACGUGACGCUGAGAGCCCGAUUGUCUGCGAGGGGACAAAGAGCGACACAGUCAGCGCGAGCAUCGGGUGCAGGUGAACGGCCAGGUGUCAUGACAACCGACGGUAUCAAGCAGACUUUCGUCCGUCGUUUGCUCUGCUGUGUCCGAGCGAGUCUGGCCGCUUGAACUUCUUCAUGUCUGGAUCCCAAAUCCGAGCGUGUGGAGGGAUACCGACGUUAGCUGCGUUUUCUCCAGCUCGCACGCAGCUGGCAGCGGGUAAACAAAGCUGGACAGCCUUUGUUUCACCUCCUAAUUUAGCUAGUCGGUUCAUUCGUUUCAGCUGCGCCAAAUUUUACUUUUCUAGCUAACGUUAGCUAACCGUAGCUAGCAGUAGCUUCGACAUCAGAUUUAUUUUUUUUUUCUUUUGGCUAACGUUAAUCUUGUCUGUUUUUCCACUGGCUGGAUGAGAUGUCAUUCACGAUGGAGGAUAACUUGGAGUCCGAGUGGGUGUCCGUCCGACCCAGAGUCUUCGACGAAAAAGAAAGGCAUAAAUUUGUCUUCAUCGUGGCCUGGAACGAAAUCGAGGGGAAGUUCGCCAUAACCUGCCACAACAGAACCGUGCAGAGACGGACUACUUUUCUUCUGGACCCGCUCCUUGACGGAGCCCCCGCUUGCGCUGUGCUUCUUUCCCCCGGUGCCUCCGUGGCAGAGAAACACACAAAAAGUAAGAAAGAUGUAGUCUGCCAAGCGGGUAAAGUUAGACCACUCUCUGUCCCUAAAGGGAAGCCCACAACUAAGGCUGUUGUUGCGGACAAAAAUGCUUUAAAACCCGCUGGUUCAAAGACCUCGGAGUGUGUCAGUCCCACAUUAGGGUCCUGGGAUAUUGUGACACCGAAAGUAAUGGAAAUCGAGAUCCUGGACCCGGUGGAUUUCCCGGUCUCUGCGGAUGAUGCGGACCCAGGGGACGGGUACGGUGACGGCAGCAGUCGUGAGGACUUCAGCUGGGCCGGGGUGUUCUCCUUCCAGGACCUAAAGGCAGCUCACCUCCAGCUGUGCGCCGUCAACUCGGACUUGGAGCCAUGUUUACCCUCCUUCCCCGAGGAGCAGUCCGGCGUGUGGUCGGUGCUUUUCGGCGCCUCGGGGGUGUCGCAGCGGGAGACGGACGCCCUGUGCUACCAGCUGCAGGUGUACCUGGGUCAUGCCCUGGACACCUGCGGCUGGAAGAUCCUCUCAGAGGUGCUUUUCUCCGAGAGCGAGGACACGGACGAGUACUACGAGAGCCUGAGUGAGCUGAGGGAGAAGGGCUAUAAAGAUGCUCUGGAGAGGGCCAAGAGGCGCAUGCAAGAGGUGUUGGAUAGACACAAAGCCAUGGACAGCAUGGUGGAGCUGCUGCAGGUGUACCCCGAGGAGGACGAGGCGUAUGGAGAGCUGCUGGAGGCAACAACUCAGCUCUACCACUACCUGCUUCAGCCUUUCAGGGACAUGAGGGAACUGGCAAUGUUGCGCAGACAGCAGAUUAAGAUCUCGCUGGAGACGGAGCGCCUGGGUCCUCGGCGAGUGGAGAGCCUGAGGAAAGAGGAUGAGGAGUGGCAGAAGAAGGCUCACGCCGCCGUUCUCUCCAUACAAGACCUGACUGUCAAGUUCUUUGAAACCACGACUCGGGCACAGAAAGCUCUGAAUGAGCGGAUGCGUGCUGACCAGAGAAAGUUUGGCAAGUCGGCGUGGGCAGCGGCGGUUGAACGCAUGGAGCGGCUGCAGUACGCGGUUUCCAAAGAAACUUUGCAGCUGAUGAGGGCCAAGGAAAUCUGCCUGGAACAGAGGAAACAUGGCCUAAAGGAGGAGAUGCAGGGUCUGCAAGGUGGGGAGGAAGCCAUGCUGCGUCUGGACCAGCUGGAGGCGCUGUACUACGAGCUGCAGCUGCAGCUGUAUGAUAUUCAGGCAGAAGUGCUGCGCUGCGAAGAGCUGCUGCUCACUGCACAGCUGCAGAGUCUACGGAGGCAAAUGACAGAGCGACAGGAUGAGGUGGUGUACUACGAUGCCUUUGAGAGCCCCGAUGCCAUGAAGGGUGAAGAAGACCCUGCCACCCUGCCGUCCCCCCUCCGAGAUGAAGAACUCAGCGUCCUACAGCAGAGGACACGGCAGCUCGAGGCCCGCAGGGGCCGCAUCACUGCCAAGAAAGUCUACCUCAAAAACAAGAAGGAAAUCUGUAUUGUCAAUCAUAACCAGAAGAUACAACAGCAACAAGGUAUCCAUGGCAAUUCCCUGCAGACACUGCAACAGGGGGGUGACGCUGAGGAAGAUGAUGAAGCCAAGAGCAACGCCAGAGUGAGUCAGGAGAGGCAGAGGACUCUGGACAGACUUCGCAGCCUCAAACAGCGUUAUCCCGGCCAGGUGACUCUGAAGUCCAGCCGGCUGCGUCUGAGUCAGCCUCACAACCGGAGGAGAGCCGGACAGCAGCCCAGCACUCAUUCGGCCAGCGUUCAGACCGACUGCAUCUCCGAUCUCCCAGAACUCUCUGCUCCUCCUCCACCCGAUGUCUGCAGCUGCGACAGCGUCUCUUUACCGACAGUUGAACUCGAAAACCUUGACUCUUCACCGCCAUUCCUCUCACUGCCUCCCCUCUCAGACUCUCCAUCUGUUCUUUCCCUGGGUCCUCCUCCUCCUCCCCCGCCUCCCCCGCCUCCUCCGCCACUUCCUUCCCCAGAGGAGGAGCAGCAGCAGCAGCAGCAACAGGGUAAGGGCAGGGAGAAUAAUCCCAGCCCAGUGCGGCACCAUGAACGCAAGUCUGAAUCUUCCUCUCUGCCCCUGGCUCCGUUCUCCCCUCGAUUCUUUGACAGCAGUCAGCUGCAGACGGCGAGGAAGAAGCUGAAGAAGACGGCCUCGCUGGACUCGUCUCAGUGGAGGAGAGCGAGCUCCCCCAUGGACGAGGUGCUGGCCUCUCUGAAACGGGGCUGUUUCCACCUGAGGAAGGCCGAGCUGCGAGUCCUGGCCCCCGACCCGGACGACGACACCGACAACAUCCUGGCUCAGAUCCGGCAGGGCGUCCGGCUGAAGAAGGUGCGGACCCGGCCGGAGCAGCAGCGUCACGCCAAGGGCUUCCCCCACUCGGCCGACGCUCUGACCCGCAGCAUCCACGAGGCCCUGCGGAGAAUCAAAGAGGCUUCGCCGGAGUCCGAGUCGGAGGACGAAGGCCUCCCGUGCACGGACUGGGAAAACUAGUUUGGCUUAUUGGAAGUUUUUUUUUUUUUUUUUUUAUGGAUACGUGGAGCCAAAACGAAGAGAAAACAAGCAGACAAACCAGGGUUAAAUCACCUGGACAUACCUUGGUGCAAUUUGAACAAAACCCCUUGAUUUUUGUUGUUUGUUUUAUAUCAAAAACCGCUCAGAAGUAUGUUUUUAUUUUUUUAUUCAUACUUCUGUGUUGUUUGUAAAGAUGGACCACUAAUCUUUUUUUCUUUUUUUUU